AUGGCCACAGAUGCAGAGGAGGUGAGGACCAGCAGAGAGGGCGUCCAGCGGGGUCACACGGUGAUGGAAAGGGGCCCGGCCCUGGGUCCGGCUCCGUCUCGACACCACUCGAGUCCUUGGACGCAGGCCCGCAGCCUCACAGCGCCCAGAGUGGCAUCCUCCCGCCCCGGGCUGGUGGCAGGCGGCCUCCCGGGCCAGGCGCCUGUUCACUUCGGCCGGGACCCGGUGAUCGGCGCCCCCCCGCCCCCGGGAGGCCUGCCCGGGAGCCGCCCACAGCGGGAGGCCGGUGAGGAGCGUCCGUGGAGCCGGUGGCCGUGGCUUCCCGCCCUGCCGGGCUCGCCCUCCUCCGGGCCGGCCGCUGUCUGUGACGCUGCUGGGCCCUCCAUGACACCCGACGGGAGGACAGCGCCCCUCCCCGCCUCCUCCUUUCCGCCCCCCACUGCUCCGCUGAAAGCCCGCCCCUGCCUCUCCCAGGGCUCGAAUGAGAUCGCAAGUGGCACAGAACUGCGGGAUCCCGGACUCCACAAGGACCGACAGCGGGUGGGAGUGGGGCUGGCGGCUCCUGGUGGCACAGAGCCGGGUGGGGGGCGGCCGCGGGCAGGACCCAGUGUUCUCAUGCCGUUGGAGCCGAGGGGCCGCCACCCGACACAUCCGCCCUCGGAGAGUGCCAGUCUGAUGAGGGAGGUGGAGGACGACGUGCCUCGAUGCAGUGCUCCAACACCUGUGUCUCUGGCCUCUGGUCACCUGCCCCCUCUGGAUGCUGGAGGUGGGCCCAGGGGCCGUGGGAGGGAGUCAGGGGUCAACCCCCCGGACAGCAGCUCCGAGCUGGGCCCCCAGGAGCCUGGGGCGGGCGACUUCCCCCACAGCCCAUCCAGCAUCAGUAAAGGAGUCUCAGGCCCGGGAGAGGUGCAUCUGGAGGGAGGCCAGAAGGGGACACACAAGACGCCACCCUCCCUUGGGGAUGGGGACGGUGACCUGGGGGUUUCCCCUGCCCAGGGCAGGCCCCCCCACACCAUCGGGCUGGACUUGGGCUGGGGGUUGCAGCCUGGGGAGCAGAGCCAGAAGCAGGCACUGAUGGGGGAACCCCCAAGUCCUCCAGUUCUCAGGUCUCGGAACCCCUGCCUCCGAGGCGUCUGCGACUGA